AUGCGCCAAGCGGUGAAAUCAUCUUAUGGACACCGACCACUAUGGUUAGCAGCAUUUGGAAUUGCUCUUGUCAACAUCUUUGAGGAACAACACGGGAUCCUCGAGCUCAUGCCAUUGUUGGGCGCCGCCCUUCUUGCCGCAAAAUCCAACCCCGAUGUCAAGUUCGGAGGCACACUAUUGAGCACAUUGUGCGCCCAUUCACCACAGCUAUUAUUCCCAACAUUUAUAUCUGUCCUUGCCACCAUCGUUUUAUCUAGGGAAGACCCUUACUAUGCUAUAUCUUCGGGUAUUGUGGUAUUUCCCUUGAUAGCGAUUUGUUUUUUCUCUAUCCGCGGCAGUAGCUCUGCAGGUCCCCUACCUUUUGAUGACAUUCACGAACUUAUGGGUCGUUUGUCACUGCGCGUAUCAAUGAUACUGAUUAUUUUUAUCUUCGGUCAUAUCCUGAUCGCUGGUCCUUUCAUCUAUCAGACUAUACCUGUCCUAGGCCUGGCAUUGGCCAAAGCUGGAUUUUGGUACUUCGUUGCACGCACAAUUCACUAUGCUUCCUGGUCAUUUGCACCCUAUGUCCAGGCAUUUGGCGUACUUGCAACGCGCAACCCCUUCGUGCAGACUUCCGAUUCGCAAGCGGUUUUAUACGUCAUCUCUUCACUUGCGGUCCUGGUUCAAGUAGUUCUAAUGGUGCCAGCGAGGACCAAGGCAAAGCUUGCUAUUUCGGCCUUUGCACUCCUGCCACUCUGGUCGUACACGACUAACAUGGCAGCAAUAAAAGCCCAACAAUUAUCAGCCCGCUCUAGCUUCGUUUCAUCACGUCAACAUCCCAUUUCCGCUUUGGUCGAAACAUCAGAAAGGCAAUUCGAGGAUCUAAUUAGGCGCCAAUCCAGUAACUUCACCAGUGCAUACAAUAAUUAUCGAUCGAAAUAUCACGCAGAUCCACCCCCUGGCUUUGAAGAAUGGUAUGAGUAUGCCAUCGCACAAAAUUCCUCUAUCAUCGAUGACUUUGAUACAAUCCACAAGUCCAUCUCGCCCUUUCUCACAUUGAGUGGCGAAGAAUUUGUAAAGAUGAUGGAUUCCGCGUUUGUUGUCGAGGGCAGCGAGCUUUGGCUCUGUCGUUAUUCCGGUGCGAAAAGACAGACAACUUGCCAGCAUCCCACGCGAACGAAUGACAGACACAUCACUUUAUCGUUCGAUAGGUUGCUCCACGGUAUUGGAAGCAAACUCACUGAUAUAAAAUUCCUUGUUAAUCAUCUUGAUGAACCAAGGGUUCUCAUGCCUCCGUUCCAAGGUGAAGGAGACAAGGCAGCGAUGCAGCGCCAAUUGCGAAUGGUUCACCUAUCCCAUCAACCAACGUAUGACGCGAUCACGCAAUUCUGUUCCGCUCAGCAUUUGUCUGAGCCUGUGCAGUCGGGCGAGAAAGAGCAAACCUAUGAAUUACCCUUUAUUCAAAAUUUUAGCUCGUCUAUCGAUCUGUGUCUUCACGAUGAGUAUCGCAAACAACAUGGCCUCCUUAUGGGGCCUGUUUCCAUGCGCUUAAUGCAAGGAUGGGCUCCAAUAUUAUCAACCGGGACCCUUUCGACAAUGGGCGACAUCCUCUUCCCUAGUCCAGCUUACAUCGAAGAUGAAUUCCAGUACGAUAGCCUGCACGAUCCAGAGUGGGACCAGAAAAAGGGCAGCCUGUACUGGGCAGGUUCUACGACGGGAGGAUUUGCGUCAAGCAAUGAUUGGAUGAAUUACCACCGCCAGAGGUUUGUCGCUCUGGGCCAAGGGCUCGAGCCUAGACGAUAUUCGUACCUUGUCGAAAGAUAUGGCCAGGUCGCCCAAGAAAAGAGUUCGUUCCUCAAUGCCAGACUGUUUGAGGUGGCCUUCACCAGAAUCCUCCACUGUGAAACCAUCUUCUGUAGAUCGCAAAGAUUCUACUUCAGGACGAAGAGUUGGGCAGACCGCAACAAAGCCUUCCAAUUCAAACUUGCAUUUGACGCGGACGGAAACGGUAUCAGUGGCAGGUUCCAUCAACUUCUAGCAUCAAAUUCCGCGCCUUUAAAACAAACGUUACUGAGGGAAUGGCACGAUGAUCGCCUAAUACCUUGGGUGCAUUAUGUGCCUGUAAGUCAAGGCUUAGCCGAGCUACCGGAGAUUGUUUCCCAUUUAACCUUGCAUGAACACGGUCAAAUCAUGGCGAAGAAGAUUGCCGACAAUGGGAAGGCCUGGUCGAGAAAAGCACUGAGAGAGGUCGACUCGAGCAUUUAUUUAUAUAGACUUAUGUUAGAGCUCGCGAGAUUGCAAGACCCAGAGCGAAAACCGCUUUAG